AUCGACCACGCAAACCUCUUUCUUUUCGAUUCAAGUACUGAAUGUGUUCAGCGGUUAUUACCUCGCCAUAUUUAUGAUUUCAUUUGAGUGAGACGCCGCGAUCCCUCGCACUUUACCUCCUGGAGUUCACACAUCAUGACCCUACGCAUGACCAAAGCCACGGAGUUCUACGCUGUGUACAAAGGUCGUGUCGAUGAGCCUACAAUCACUCGUCUUGGUAUUAAUUCCGGGGGUGCUGCACACCCACGGGUGACGGGAUGCAGCGCUGUCUUCAAGGGCUUCAGAUAUGCUGGUCCGCAAAUGGCAAAAACCCCUGGAAUAUAUCAAUAUUGGCGUGGUCAAACACAGGCGCUAUCUCAAUUGCACGAAGCCCCUGGUGCUUGCUGUAAGAAGUUCAAGACAAAGGAGCAAGCAGAAGAAUUUAUUGAGGAGUGGAAACAGGCCGUGGCCGAUGUGCUUCUGAGAUCCAUCAGAGAGGCAUUGGACCAAGGAAUGCGGCCAAAGGACAUGAGCCUCGAUGUUUCUGAUUUGUUUGACUGGAACCAAAAUGGUACCGAGAGUCACGAUGAGGUGAAUGGCUUGGAUUUUGAAGCCCUCAGGAUUCAAGACACGCAGACGGAGCAGCAAUAGACUAGCACAGGUCGAUUCUGCAGAGAUAUGAAUUUACGCUCUGUAGGACAUACAUCCUCCUGCACAGACCAAUGUGCCAUGUGCGACUGAUGUCGUCUUGAGGGGAACUGGAAGCGC